CCGCCUCCCGCCAGGCGCCGCCCUUCCUCUUCCCCCGCCGCCGCCCUGAGCUGAGCUCCCAAAAUGGUGCGCUACUCGCUGGAUCCGGAGAACCCCACGAAAUCGUGCAAGUCCCGGGGCUCCAACCUGCGAGUGCACUUCAAGAACACUCGUGAGACUGCCCAGGCCAUCAAGGGCAUGCACAUCCGCAAGGCCACCAAGUACCUGAAGGACGUGACCCUGAAGAAGCAGUGCGUUCCCUUCCGUCGCUACAACGGAGGAGUUGGCAGAUGUGCCCAGGCCAAGCAGUGGGGCUGGACACAGGGGCGCUGGCCCAAGAAAAGCGCCGAGUUCUUGCUGCACAUGCUCAAAAACGCGGAGAGCAAUGCUGAGCUCAAGGGCCUUGACGUGGAUUCUCUGGUGAUCGAGCACAUCCAGGUGAACAAGGCUCCCAAAAUGCGCCGGCGCACCUACAGAGCUCACGGGAGGAUCAACCCCUACAUGAGCUCCCCCUGCCACAUCGAGAUGAUCCUCACCGAGAAGGAGCAGAUCGUCCCCAAGCCGGAAGAAGAAGUGGCUCAGAAGAAAAAGAUCUCGCAGAAGAAGCUGAAGAAGCAGAAGCUGAUGGCCCGGGAGUAGCCCUCCCGCCCCCGGCCCCCAAUAAAGCUCUGUUGGAACUCCA